ACAACCUUUGGUGGAGAUAGCCGGCGGGUCUCCGAUGCAAAUGGCAAACACACUUACUGCCAUAGAAGUAGAGCGUUUUUCGUUCAUUGGUUUAGAGGAGUUUUUUCCUCCACCGUACGUCUCUUCCUACCGAGGGGGAGUGAGUAAUUUGCUAGCUUACGUGCAAUGGUACAAUAGAUUGACUUAUGUUGUCGCUACGGAUAUUUUACGCUCGCCUCGUAAGCGGCACCGGGCUAGGGCAGUGGAGUUCUGGAUCGAAACGGGGCGUGAAUGCUUCAACCGUGGCAAUUUCAACAGUUUAAUGGCUAUUAUUGCCACUCUCACUGGCGGCCCCAUAGGACGAUUGAAAAAAACUUGGACAAAAGUGACCAGUGCCGCAGGGGGUGGAAGACAACAGUUGGCUAUCCUGGAACAUCAGGCAGACCCUACGAAUAACUUUGCAACCUAUCGGGCGACACUGCAGGCUGCUGCCUGGCGCAGUUGUCCAUCUCACUUUGCCCGCUCAUCGUCCACAUCCUCGUCACAGUCUUCAAAGCAACAUUCAUCAUGUUCAUCUGACAAUGGACAAAGUUCAAAUACGAAAAAAGAAUCUACAAUCGCUGUACUGCCGUUUUUCAGCCUAUUGCUUAAGGAUCUUCACUUCCUAAAUGAGACAAGUGGUAGCACAAUGCUCGACAACGGCCAUGUAAAUUAUGAGAAGUGGCGACAACUUAGCGAACGGCUGUCUGAAAUCCGUCGUUGGCAAAGGCGAAGUAGCUAUCAGCGACGCUGCAGACUAGGACGGCGGCAUAAAUCUGUAACGACAGAAAUACAUUCAUUACGCGAAGCCAUCGAACGUGGGCCGAUUAUAGGUGAUAAAGACACGAACUCGUUAGAAAAAACGAAAGGAGCCCGAGACAAUGUGGACUCGACCAAAUGUGCUGAUGAUGGUGAGCGAGGGGCUGCUGCAUUAGCCAAAGUCAGCUAUGAAAGGGAAGCGCCUGAUGGUGCUGUUGAAAAGGCACACUGGAAAACACUGCAACAGUAUCAUCCUUAAGAUAUGUUUUGUUGUCAACGAAGCACAGAUGACCAAGGAUCUGUAAAUUAUAACAUAUUUAUUUUCAUUAUUUAUAUCACACCUUACCGAAGAUAUAAAUUCAGGAAUCGAAAGUCCCUCUCCAAUUGUGAUCUGAUUUGUGUAAGAUUUAUGUGGUUGACACAUGCGUUCCAUCGUGCACGGUCGAGGUGGUCCCGGUUGCUUCGGAAACUCUAGCGAUCUAGACCCUGAGAGCAAAUCGCACUAAAUCUAAUUUAUUUCCUUAACACGCUAUGUG